AUGCUUCUCUCACGUCACAGUCGCUUCUUCCUGACUUUUCAACUCUUCUCCUCUACUACUUUUCCCGCCUCAUUGCCGUCUGCCACCUUUUCGGUAAUUCCCAAACGCACUUUCCUGAUCAAGGGAUUUUCUCCCCUAUCUAUCUAUCUAUCUAUCUAUCUAUCUAUCUAUCUAUCUAUCUCAGUCUGUUCAUAUCUAUCUAUCUAUCUCAAUCUGUUCAUAUCUAUCUAUCAAAGUAUGUUCAUAUCUAUAUAUCUAUCUAACUCUGUUCAUAUCUAUCUAUCUAUCUAUCUAUCUAUCUAUCUAUCUAUCUAUCUAUCUAUAUAUCCCACUCUGUUCAUAUCUAUCUAUCUAUCUAUCUAUCUAUCUUUUUUUCUAUCUAUAUGUUUACCUACGUAUCUGGAUCCGUUUGAGAUAGAUAAUGACAGAUUUGCUGAACCAGUGAAUGAUCAAUUAAUCGUCUAUCUAUCUAUCUAUCUAUCUAUCUAUCUAUCUAUCUAUCUAUCUAUCUAUCUGUAUUAG